GGUCCCCUGGCGUCCCGGAAACGCGGUGCACAGCUCGCGCCACGUCUCUGCGGGCGGUCCCUCCCAGGUUCCCGCGGCCGCAGCGUCGCAGCCGCUGCCCACCUUCCCGACCGAGAGCAUCAUGGGCAGCGAGGCCCGGCGCUCCGCAUCCUUCCCGCUGCUGCUGCUGCUGCUGCUGCUGCUCCUGCUCCGUGCGGAGCGAGUGCGCGGCGUCGAGUUCACCUUCGAGCUGCCGGACAACGCCAAGCAGUGCUUCCAUGAGGAGGUGGAACAGGGCGUGAAGUUCUCCCUGGAUUACCAGGUCAUCACUGGAGGUCACUACGAUGUGGACUGCUAUGUGGAGGACCCCGUAGGAAACAUCAUCUACAGGGAGACCAAGAAGCAGUAUGACAGCUUCACAUACCAAACUGAGGUCAAGGGUGUUUAUCAGUUUUGCUUCAGUAACGAGUUUUCUACGUUUUCUCACAAGACCGUCUACUUUGACCUCCAAGUGGGUGAUGAGCGCCCCAUUCUCCCAGACAUGGGGAAUAAGGUCACAGCUCUCACACAGAUGGAGUCUGCCUGUGUGACCAUUCAUGAGGCUCUGAAGACAGUGAUCGACUCCCAGACACAUUACCGACUCCGAGAGGCCCAGGACCGAGCCAGAGCCGAAGACCUGAAUAGUCGAGUGUCUUACUGGUCUGUUGGCGAGACUAUUGCCCUGUUUGUGGUCAGCUUCAGCCAGGUGCUGUUGCUGAAAAGCUUCUUCACAGAGAAACGACCCAUCAACAGAGCAGUCCACUCCUAGCCAUGCUGUUACACAACCGCCCCCCCCCCCAGGGUCCUGGGUUCCCAGAGGGUUGGGGGUGUAACAGGGUGGAUGGAGGUGGAGCUGCAGGGAGAGGAGAGCACAGGGCAGUGUGUUGUCAUGGCCACACCUCACUGUGCACACACCUCAUCCUUGCACCCCAGCAACCGAAGCUCAGAGCCCAGUAAUCUGAAACAUUGGCUUGCAUUAUGUGUACAGCAUUGGCCAAAAGUGUUUACAGUCAGGUUAGGGAUUGGCCAUUGGGGCAGGCGGACAGUGAUCCAGUGUCUAACCUGUGAGAGAACUCCAAGUGCCUGAGCCUCCAGGGCAAUUUAGGGCUCUGCCACUACUCCAUGAUGUGUGGGUCAUUUGGCUUUUGUGUCCUCUUCCAUGUGGAGGAGAAAGUUCUGGCCUUCCCUCUCUUGGGCCUAUCUGUAUGUGAGGAAACCAAGCCUAACCAAGGAAGCAGCAGGUCAGCCAUGCAGAAAGGUCCCAGAUGGAGAGUGGGUACCUGUGAUGAUCUGUGUCUCCUGGAGGCGGAAUUGUAAAUAAAAUAAGUUCGAGCACCGUG